AUGACAAUUGGGUUCAUGGAAGUACAUGUUCUCAAAGCAAAAGGCCUCAACACCACUUGUUUCUUUGGUGGAAUGGAAGAUCCUUAUGUUUUGAUACAAUAUGAAGGCCAAGAGCAUAAGAGCACUGUUGCUAAAGGUAGAGGAAGAAAUCAUGUAUGGGAUGAGAAAUUUAUGUUCAAAGUAGAUAAUUUUGGAUCAAAAGAUAAACACAAAAUCAUUCUCAAGAUAAUGGACAAAGACACAUUUUCUGCUGAUGACUUCAUGGGACAAACCAUAAUUUAUGUGAAGGAUUUGUUGACUCAAGGUGUAGAAAAUGGAGUUUCUAAGCUACCACCUCUCAAGUAUAGAGUUGUUCGUGCAGACCAAUCUUAUCGUGGAGAAGUUGAUGUCGCCAUUACUUUUACUCCAAAGGUAACAUACAUGACUAGUUAA